AUGGAUGAUGGAUUUGGUUUUGGGAGGAAUACAUCUGGACGGUCUGGCUACGAUGUUGGACCAGGUGAGGACCGAGGCAGAUUCUUUCAAGGAACACCAGUUGACAUGCUUACAGUCCGACAAAAUUCCCUAGGUGGGAUGGAGAUGGAGUAUCAGCAAGUGUUUGUAGCUCGUCGUCCAGGUGAAAUAUUCUCAGAGCCGUUUGACGAGACUGUCACAACAUCCAAUCCGAUUGCUGAAUCACGGAAUAUUGCUUAUGCAACUGAUAGCCGAUACUACAGUGAGGCAGAAAGGCUGAAGACCUUCCAAGACAGAUGGCUGGAAGAUUACCAUGUAAAACCUAAGGACCUGGCUAGGGAUGGGUUUAUCCACAUUGGUCCAGGUGAUAAAGUGAAGUGUGUUUUUUGUUUAAAAACUCUCAGAGGGUGGGAGGUUGGUGACUCUGUGGAAGGCGAGCACAGAAGACAUUAUCCAUUUUGCCCGUGGGUCAAAGGAGAGUGUGAUAGUUUGAAUAUCCCUCUUAAUGCAACAGAAAGCAUGAAAAAAUCUUUUGGUUUGAAGAUGAAGCCAACAGGAGAGAGUGCAGUUUCCUGCAUGCAAGAUUUCUCUCAGCGUUUGAAAUCAUUUGAGGGAUGGCCAAGACAAGCACAUAUAAGACCUGAUGCUUUGGCAGAAGCAGGAUUGUAUUACACUGGAACAUCUGAUAAAGCCAUAUGUUUCUCCUGUGGGCAAGCACUGGCUAAUUGGGAGCCCGGAGAUGACCCUUGGUGUGAGCAUGCUAAAUGGUCUCCAUACUGUCCUUAUGUUCAUUCGAUUAAGGGAUCAGAAUAUGUAAAACAGAUUCUAGAGAAGGGCUCAGAACAUUUGGGCAGCGUGAGACAACAGAGCAGUACAGAACAAGAGAGCAACAUGAUCCCAAGGAGCAGAGAGGUUAAUCAGGCUGCUGCUUCUUCUGGGACAACAAUGGAAAGAGAGUUGGAAACCAGAACACCUGACUUAAAGCCACAGCUGGUAUCCCGCUCCCAUCAAGAAACAGUGGCAGAAAUUGAACAAGAGAUAAACAGUGCACCAGUAAAAGCCAUUCUUGAAACGUAUGAUAUUCCAUUAGAAAAAAUGAGAGUGUUGCUUGAAGCGGUAAAAAUAUCUGGAGAUGAUAAUUUCAAACAAGACCCUGUGAAAAGCUUACUGGAAAUGUAUGAUAUUCCUGUUGAAACACUCAGAGAGAUGCUAGCAAAGGUCACGGUUACUAAAGAUGGCGCUUCACAUCAGCCAGAAUGA